AUGCAUCAGAGAUAUAUGCGUGUUGGGACGGAGGCGGUCCGUGCCAAAUCAAGUUCACGAUCAGCGACGUGUGCCCGGCGGGGCGGCGGCUCGAAACCUGCUGGGGCCUUGAAAACGCAGUAUGAUAAACGACCGUCCGUGGCCCGCCUGCCGGGCCAAGUCCAGAAAACAACAAAAAUUAGGUACCUUUCAGACACGCAACGACCACGCUAUGACACCCAUGCACCCACCUCCCCCGUCCGCAACUGUGCACCUCGCUCCCCGCCGCCCGGCACUCGCUGCUCAUUCACGAACCCCCUACAUCCUUGCGCUCAGCCUCAAACAUUUCGCACGUCUCCUCUUGCGAACACAUUCCUUGUUCUCCCUCUCGUACUGAGCUCAAACCGACUUUCCGACUGUACGUUUACCGUCUUCUUGUUUGUUUCUCUUAACCCCUUCCCAACCGCCAUGACCGUUCGCAAGCCGGAGGAAGGUGCUCAAGUCCCGGAGGAGGCAAACCAACCGGCCAUUUUUGGCUACACCAAUGGUUCUCUUUCAAACUUUCACAGCAACACCAACCUCAUGGACCUCGAUAAGGCCCUCAACUACGAAAUUCGAGUCGUCGCUGGCAAUGCAAACCCCGUCUUGGCUCGCGAGAUCGCCUCACAUCUCAAAGUUCGCAUGACCUCCGCCGUCGUAUCCCGCUUCUCCGAUGGCGAAACUCGCGUCGCUAUAGAGGACAAUGUGCGUGGCAAAGAUGUUUUCAUCGUUCAGCCCACGUCUCCUCCGGUCAAUGAUCAUCUCAUGGAGCUGCUCGUCAUCAUUGAUACCCUCAAAAGGGCCUCAGCGAAACGUAUUACAGCUGUCAUCCCGUAUUACGGAUACGGGCGACAAGACCGAAAAGCUGCCCCUCGUGUUCCCAUUACCGCGCGUCUCGUCGCAGACCUAAUACAGACUGCGGGCGCUCAUCGCGUUUUGGCCUUCGAGCUUCAUGCCGGCCAAAUCCAAGGCUUCUUCAAUAUCCCCGUCGAUCACAUGUUCGCACUCCCCGUCUUCGUUAAUUACAUCAAUGCAUCAAAUCCCAAUCCACUGGUCAUUGUAUCACCCGAUGCAGGAGGUAUGGAACGCGCUCGCCUGCUCGCAAAGUUCCUGGAUGCGGCCCUAGCCAUUAUUGAUAAGAGACGCUCCGCGCCAAACGUAGCUCAUGUUCUACAUGUCAUCGGUGAAGUGCAGGACCGUGACUGCAUCAUCGUCGAUGACAUGGUUGACACAGCUGGUACCCUUACGAAAGCCGCAGUCGCACUAAAAGAGAACGGGGCAAAGAGCGUACGGGCUUGCUGUAUCCAUGCUGUGCUAUCGGGUCCGGCUGUCGAACGUAUUCAGAAUUCUUGCAUUGAGGAGCUGGUUGUCACUAACUCAAUCGAGCUGAAACAGGAAGUGUACGAAUCACUUUCUUGUAUUACCAGGCUCUCAGUCGGCACGCUCAUGGCUGAAACCAUUAGCCGUGUUCAUCGCGAGGAAUCUGUGUCAACGCUAUUUGGUGCCCACAUUUAGGGCCUCACUUGCGGGCCGAAAAUAUCAAAUGCCAAUGAGACGUGGACGCGUUCCUGUCUUGUUUUGGAUUUCUGCCACGCAGGAGUGGACACGAGUGGGGACAUCAGUCGGUGGCCUAAAAUUUCCACCCCUCUGUGUUUCAUUUCUAUUACCCUACAUUCUCUGCGCCAAUUGCUCUGCUCUAUUGUUACUGCACGUAAAGAGAGAACGUAGGUUUUGCUUCACGAAGAGCUCUUCUUCGUGGGCCGUGCGUCAGCUGCGAGUCUCGACUGCAGUUGUGAUGCGAGUAUAAGUUCGGUGAGAGCCAUAUCACAGCCAUUUUGAAGCUCAAUUCUUUCUGACGAGGCGACGGAGUUCUUGACGAGAUAAGGAGAGCCCUUUCAUCCACGAUGCAAGUUGAUAGUCAAUUUGCCGUGCCUAGCUGGUCUCGCACUUACUCCAAGAAGUCUGUCGAAACGUGAAGUGCAGACACAGAGUGCGAUCGAUCGAAGUAUAGUCGGAAACAUACAAAUUGCCGAGGUGACUCGAAUCGAAAGCCCUUUCAACGGUGGCAAAUCAGAUGCAUCGGCCCGUUUGAAGACUGGGCAGUGAUUGGAUGAAAACCCAAAUGGUGCUCACUGUUUGUGCGGACGCAACAGAGCAUCCAGAACCAGAAGUGCUCCGCUCCCAUACGAUAUAAAUAAACUGUAAUUUGCUGGUCGGCACGGGCCCCGCGCUGUCA